UUGAUUGAGGAUAUGCUCUGCACUGCCAUCACUGCAUGUGUGAGUCACACUUGACUGGUUAGUUUUUAGCUUGGAGCUGAAUAGCCAGAGGCACUUGUAAUGCUGAUACAUGACAAAGAGGAAACACUUUAGAGACUAAUUAUAAAUUUUAAUCGAAGUCUGUAAGUGGAGACUCUCUAAAUUUAGAUCCAUAUGUGAAACAUUGAUCUAGCAGACAAAGAGAUCAACACCAUGGGGAAGAAGUGUUGUAGUAAGGUGUAUAUUCAGCUAAGAACCAAUCGGGCUGUGCAGAUAUUUGUGUUCCUGGUAAUGUUUGCACUAAACACGGCUGACUUAACAAAUGACUGGCUUUUAUACCAUGAUGUAGCUGCAGCUCAGGAAGGACUGGCCUUUGGACCCACAGAGGAAAGUGUUCGCAUCUCUCUUCUUUUCUUCUCCAUUGUUGGUGCUGUAGUCUUUGUUUUUGAAAUAGUAAAUUUUGGGAGGGACAUUUUCCGAAGAAAUCCUUGGCUGGAUAUGGACUUAGCGUCAACUUUGGUCAUUUGGUUGGAGGAUAUUCCACAAAUCACUAUAAGUCUUGUGAUUCUAGCAUGCCGAGAAGAAGCAAUCAGCAUCUUCCAGCUUGGUAAAGCCUCUGUGGUCAUUCUGGGGGCUCUAAUACGGCUUUUCAUAGGAAUUGUGUGGGCCUGUCGCAGAAGAUCAGAGGAGGUUGCGUGUAUCAUAAGAAACAAGGGGAAAAAUGUCGACUGCAAAAAACAGAAGCACCCAGUCGUCAGAUUUUUCAUGUUCCUGGGUUUAACUCUUUUAGUCUUUGGAUCAUGUCUAAUCUUUUUAUUCACUCAAACAACUUGGAAGCACACUGGCUUUUUAAAAUUCAAUGAACCGCAUUCACUGUUUGAAGGGGAAUUUAUAGAUGAACAUUACUUUCAGAGAGUUGGGGUGUACGGAAACAUUGGAUUCUUGGACAAUCGCAAAAAUAUGCCAUCUGAGGAUCACUGGGUUCGGUUGUUUGAAAUUCAUGAUUUACGCCAUGAGUAUAACAGCAUCAACAUUUUACUAGAAUUCUCAAAUGACAGAAAAUUUCUCCAAGUCACACGAAUCAUUCCAAAUUAUAACAAAACUACAGCCUGCUUCAACAUAGAAAUGAAUGGAAAUUUUACAGUCUUGUCUGAUCCAUCUUGCUCAGGAGCAUCAUCAAUGACCACAAAAACUCACAAAAUCAUUUUCAAGUUCCAAUAUGUCUCCCCAACCAGUCAUCGUAUCCUUGGUGACAUCACAUACAAUGUCAAAGGAACAGUGAACAAAAGCUGUGAGCAAGGGUCAGUCAGUACCGAUCCCUCGACUGGGAACAGUUACAUCAUGGUGGGUAAUUUCACCACCGCCCUCAGGUACUACCAAGUCAAAGAGGACUACCAGUAUAAUAACUACAUGAUUACCGACAAUUCCACCUCCAGUCAUCUGCUGCAGUUUUACUCUCCACAGCGCCACCUAGAGGACAUCACCUCUGUCUGGAGAACUGGAUUUCUUGGCUGCAAAUAUUCAGGCAGUGUAUCUCCACAUCAGGAUUCUGGAUUGUCAACAGAUUGUGAUGCGUAAUCAACACACUCAUUGCAGGAUAUUUUGUGCCUUCUAUCUUAUGAAGAAGUAAUAUUGAGACGGGACCAAUGGCAAAAUCUAUUAAACAUGGUCAGAGACAUACAGUAUAUCUCAGACACUGUAUAAAUAGUGUAUUCAAUUCUGUUUAACAGAAAGAUACAUUUUAAUUUAUGUUCCAGAGCUCAUCCAAAGUUGUCACAAAAUAAGUUCUUUCUGCCUGCCUAAUUUUUCUUAGAGCAAGUAUUUAUUUUCAGAGCUUAAAUGAAAGUCCGAGAAGUCUGUCUUGAGAACCCAAUUUUUGUCACCACCACAGUAUUUACUUGUUCUGAUAUCAAUCAAAUACCACCUGCAAAUAUGGAUGAUAUCCAAUACGACUGACAUGACCAGCCAAGCAUGCUACCCUGUGAUUUGUGUCUGUAUAACAAUCACCUAUUUACAGAGACAGGGUCCUUUUAACGUAUUGCGAGUUAUUUCCAUCGGAAUAUUCAAAUGGUUACCAAUUGUGAAACUGAAUGUAGCCUGUUUUCCUUGUUAGCUUAACACUAAAGAAACAUCCACCUGGUUAGAACUUGAAACAUCAGGUAUCAGCAUUAGAGAGAAAAUUCAUUAUCCCUCAAUGGCAGACACUGUGCCCUGCAGGCCCUGUCCACCAAAUUGAAAAUGCCAUAAAAACCGCAAUCAUGCUCUGAAAAAUAUGCUGAAACUUUUGUAAGACUUCAUGGGAUAAUUUACUAUUAACAUUGUCAUAAGUCUGUAAUCUAUUUACGAAAUGGAAUUUCUAAAAGGUCAUGUUUUGAAAGUCAGAUUUUUAAAAAUCUAAUUACUCGAUAUGGACACCUUUUAAGUUUAUUUCUUAGCUGAUUAUAUGUACAAAAGUUAUUCUUUUCCGAAGUUUUUCAUGAAGUAUGCAGUGUUAUAGAUGUCUCCAGAACAUGGACAGUCCGAUGAUGCAUCCUGCUUGUGCUUAAGCAAUUUCAAAACAAAAUCGAAAACCACUUUUUGAUAUUUCCAUAACCAUUUUCAUGUUGCAGACUGACACAUUUAACAUCCCAACCAUUUUGAUUGUCUAAUUCAAGGAAAUUCUAGUGUCGUACAAUUGGAGGUUUCCUCUAUUUCCGUUAUGGACACAUUUAAUCAUUCUGUAUAAAAAUUAGUGUCCCUUCAAACCAUGAAAUAACAUCUGCGCUGCAUUAUAUAGGCCACACCUACUUUUCAGGUAACAGUAAGGUUACUACUCGGGUCCUUAGAACACUUGGACCUCAGUUUACAAACUUGAUAAAUAACCAUUUGCUAUAUAUUUUACUUAAAUUCAUUUUAAAAAAAAUUUAAAAACAUGUUUUGCCCUUUUAGAUGCUAUUUUUAUUAAGAAUGUUUUAGAGUUGUAAAUGAAAUAUUUUUACAAUUUCUUUAAAGGCAUUGGCAAGUCAAUUGAAUUUAUAACAGAAUUUCAUAUAAAAGCUUAAACAAUUUCAUGAUGAUGGUGCAUUUUUUUAUAUGAAGAUACCCUUUUUAUCAAAAUUCAUAAUCAUCCAAAAUUUCUCAAGUUUCUUCUUUUAGAUUUACUCUCCUUAAUAAAUGCCUAUCAAAUAUUCAACUAAUAUUGUUAUGUUAUUGACAUAUUGAAAUUAAUUAAUUGGUCACUAAUUAGCUCAACAAAGAAACAUCCAUUUGACCAUUGUUUGGUAAAGUAAUGGCCUAAGGGGCAGUCAUGGCCAACAGGAAAUCAAACAACCAACAUAGUCUAAUCCUUUUUUCUUGUGGAGUAUUGUCUUGCCAAUGACCUGUCACGAUUGUAAUAAAUGACAUGAUAAUUCACAUUUAAUGCUUUGUACUGUGUACUUUUGUAUUAUGUAUUUGACGUUGAAGACCAGUAUGUGUGUGUGUUUGCGAGUGUGUUUAUGUGCGAGACCUCAUAUAACCAAUCCAAACCCUUAUUACCACUCAUAGCCCGUUUAAGUGCUCCCAGCCCCAAUAACCACUCCCAGAUCCUAUAAGCACUUGUCAGAAAUAAAAAGUGAUCCGGGCAUAUAGUUUUACCCUUGUCCAUCCUUCAGCAACACCCAGUUUUUCGGACUUUUUUUCCCCCAAGUGCCUUGAGAUAUUGAACUGAUUUUUUGUAUGCAGAUGUAUAUUGAUGAGUUAAAGAUCAAGUUUGAGUUUUGUUCCAGUUCAUUGAUUUUUGAUGGAGUUGUGCCCUAUUAACGCAGAAAAAUUACUGUUAUGACCAGUUUUCCAGACUUUUUACUGAAUAAUCAUAUGAUGUUAUUGAUUCAGAACUUUUAUGAAGUAUGAAUUUAUCUUAUGGCUGUUAAAACAUAUAAACUUAAGGAUUGUUGUUGAGUUCUUCAUUGUACUAAAUACGUGUAACAGACAAUCUGAAUAUGUAUGGUUGUUUAUUUGUUUUACGUCUCAUUGAGAAUACCACAUUCAAUGCUAUACUUUGAUGGAUUUCCUACUUUUGACUUUAUUGCAGGUGGGGGCAUUCGUAUCAUUCCAAUACAUCUAGUUUGUAAAUGUCUUUUCAAUAAUUACUCCAUUCCUUAUAUGCAUCAAAGCAUGAAAGACUAGCAUUCCUGGAACACAUCUUCUUUAUCUUAAUGGAGGAAUACAAUAAAUAUUAUCAACACAC